UAUCACCAUCUAGUAUGAACAUCAGAUGGUUAAAUGGCUCAUCCACAUUCAAGGCUGGUGAGAUAGCAAUCAUCAAGGUCAAUAUGAUUGAUCAUGCUGGCCAUGAUGUAAAUCCAUUCCCCAGUGAAAAUGCCAUUCCUUUUACCCUUUUCGUGAACGGAACAAAAGGAAACAGUUCAUAUGUAUCAGGUGUCUCAUCAUCUUUUGAUGUAAAUUCUAUUUCUUGGAGUAUCUCAUUUACCCCGUUGGUGGUUGGGUUAUUUUCUGCAAACGUCAGUGCUGAUCAUGUUGGACUCUUCAAUUCUUCACUUCAUUUUAGUGUCACUGCAGGACCAAUCUACCCAUCUGCCUGUAUGGUCAAAUGGAAGGAUUUGGAAAAUGAGUUUGUGGCUGGAUCAAAAGCUAAAAUUUCCAUACGUCCUAGUGAUGCAUUCGGAAAUGACAUACCCUUAAUGAACAUCUUGGGGCAGCCACAAAACUAUAUGCUGUCAGUGUUUUCUAGAGAUGGUCAUGUCGUAGAUGUGCUGAAUGUUACUUCUUUGGUGGAGGAGGAAACCAGCCAGGUUGUUGUUGAAUUCAUUAUCUCAACAGCUGGAACCCUCUUUUUACAUGUUGAGGUUGAAAAUCAGUCUUUACGUGGAUCUCCUCUGCCUUUUCUUGUAAAUCCAGGACCUUUGGAUAUCACCAAGUGCUUUGCCAAGUGGAAUCAUGAAACAAAUUUUUUGCAAGUGUUUUCCUUGUUGGAGAUCUUUAUAUAUCAGCAAGAUGUGUAUGGAAAUCUAGUAUCGGGUUGGCAUUCCUUUGAUGCUGAUAUUAUGAUGAAAUCAACAAACUUAUCUGUCCCCAUAACAGAUACGAAUUUUGAGGAGGUUCGGCCAGGCAUUCAGUCAUUGACCUUUACAGUAACUGAACCAGGGGAAUUCAUAUUAACUAUCUUUGACAGCGUGACGCUUCAGAACAUUUUUAAUAUGCCAUACAACUAUACUGUUUAUAUAGGCUAUUGCCAUGGUUCAAACAGUGUUGUGAACGGAUCUGGCCUAGCAGUCUCAGUUGCUGGUCGGGUUUCUUACUUUUCUAUUUAUCUUGAAGACGCUUAUCAUAACCCUUCUCCUAUUGAACUAACAAGGCUUCGAGUACAAAUUUUAAGGAGAAGUGACUCUUACAGUGUGCUUCCAAAUAUAUCAGGUUUGCUGCUUCCAAACAGUUGCCUUCCAGAUUCAACCGGAGGAUCCAUUCACUGUGUUAAGUGGGUUGAUAUUAAUAAUUUUGCAUUGUCUAGUACCAUGAAUGACACACUUGAUAGAGGUAAGGUGGAAAGCUCUACUUUCAACGUCAGUUAUGCAACAGAAAAGUCUGGAAUUUAUGAAGUUUGGGUGUUCUGUGGAAAUAUUCCUUUGAAUUCUGGAAAAUCAUUUACAUUGGACGUGUCACCAGGAAAGGUUGAUGUUAAUACUUCAAGCAUUCAAAAGAUUAACCGUGCGGUAAGAAGUCAGGUUGACAAUGCAGUCCUGAUUCAACUUACUGAUUCCUUCAUGAAUCCUGUCUAUUCCCAAAAGUCAAAGCUGAGAUUUGUUGUUGAUCCCAAACUCAGCUCGAGUUUUACAAGUGGCUUGUUUGAGGACUACGAGAAUGGAUCGUAUGUGGGGUAUUAUGUGGCAAACCAAACAGGAAACUAUGAAGUAUGUAUCUUAUAUCAGGACCAAAAGUUAGAUCCUUGUCCAUUUGAAGUCCAAGCAUAUGAUAGCGAUCAUUUUCCUGAAGCAAAAAACCUUAGUCUUUCAAUUUGGGAGGAUGAAUCAGUAGCUUUCGAUAUACAGACAGCUGUGCGUUUCUCAAGUGCAAAUAUCAGUAUUCUUGGAACUCCUAAGCCACACUAUGGAACACUCCUUCAACAUGGUACGCUGCUUAGAUAUACACCAUAUAAAGGUUUUUUUGGAAAUGACACGUUCUCUUUCACCAUAUCUGAUGCAAAUGAUAAUGUUGCUACGGGAUUUAUUAUGAUAUCUGUACUCAACAGCCCUCCUCAAUUUAGUUCUUUACCAGUGCAGCUGCAAGCAGUGGAGGACGUUGUAUGCCCCAGAUUCGGAGGUUAUUCUGGAUUUGAGAUUAAGUAUUCCAAUAUAAUGGAGAACAUAUCCGUUACUCUCAGUACCCAGUCUGGCUCGAUUUUGUUUUCCUCAUCUUCUCUACAGAGCUGGCAGACAGACUUUCAUAGCUACCAAGUUGAAAUUUCUACCUUGAGAAGGGAGAGGUUAAUAGAGGAGGUUCUUCUUGUUGGGCCUCUUGAAGUAAUUAAUUCAGCUCUUCAGUCAAUUCAAUAUCUCGGAAACAAAAACUUCUUUGGAACAGAUGUGAUGACCAUAUCAUUGAAAAACAGAUAUGGCGUACAAUAUGCUCAAGUGCCAAUUUUAGUGGAGCCAGUCAAUGAUCCUCCAUAUGUCACUGCUCCUAAAUAUUUCAUCCUGAAGGGUGAGGAAUUCACCAAUGGAAUGCAAAUCUAUGACAAGGAGGUUGACAAUUUUGACUUCUCUAUUGGAGAUCCAGAUAGCAUCUAUUUUCCAGAUAUUAAUCAGUUCAUACUUGCUCUUUCGAUGGAAGUUAGCUCUGGGGUGCUGAUUGCUAGACUACAUGUCAGCGUUAUUGAUACUGUUGAAUUGAAAUUGAAGGGGAGCAACCACUGGCAGCCCCUUGAUUUCUUUGUCAUCAUCAAAGAUCAUGUUGUUAUUGAAGGGAAAGGAAUCAGAUUUCGUGGAAAAAUUGAGGAAUGCAACAAUGCAUUGCAGCAUGUCUUAUAUCAGGGCAGAGCUACAGGUGCUGUUUUGACUAUCACAGUGAAUGACAUGGGCAACUAUGGUUGUUAUCCGGAAGACUGUAGUUGGAUGAAAACAGCACCACUUCUCACAAGAAUCAAUAUCGAUAUCAUCAAAAGAGGCCCACUGAGACCACUUUUAGCCCGCUCUCUAGGAGCGGCUAUAGUUUUGGGAUUCGUCACAACUCUCUUGCUUGGGACUAUGCUCUUAUUUUUCAGUUGCAAAUGUGCACUUGCUCUUAAGAAAAAGGGAAAACAGAUUUCAAGUGCGGAUGAUAUUGGCGUCGUUAAAACAGAAAAUUUUGGUGACUCGGAGACUAGCUCGCCUUCGUCAGAAAGCAUGACAUAUUUCACUGGCUGUUCAAGUCCCUUUUUACUGGGGAGAUAUGACUCCAGGUUUAGGCGUAGAUAUCGAAGGGGCUUAAGGUCAGAAGAAUCUAACAAGGACGAGAAUCUGUCGGAUCCAUACUGCCCAAGCGAGAAGGCCAGCCACAGCCGCAACUACAGCCUUCCAACCGACCUGAUCCGCUCGUUUCAGCCUUACCAGGAAGAGCGCGAUGGAAGAGGAUCUCUACGCCUUGACUGAGCGUGGAAUCAUGAUUUCUUUCAAGCGUACACAAUGGAUUUACAUAGGGGGCCUUUUAAACGAGUCUCCGACCCUCGAAGCUUUUGUUUUGAUUUUGUGGGUUAUUAUUUGGCCCACCUAGAAAAUAGGCUCUGACAGCAUGCCCCAGCAAUGAUA